CGCUAACUUCCAAGAUGGCGGCGCCCGUGAAACUUGCAAAAUGUUGUGCGAGCGGGAGAACUUUGAUGAGAAGUACAAGAGCGUCAAUCUCAACCUUGAGGAGACCAUGGCUACGACCACUAUCUGGAAGCAGCCAUGUUUAUGAUGCAGUGAGUACUCAAGAAAUGACAGCUCCACCAUCGGACAUCUUCAGGACUUCACAAGAUAACCCUGCAAACCAUGGAGUGCAGGAUGUUGGUAUGUACUACACUAUUCCCAUGGACCAAGUCAAGAAGAUCGUACCAGUCGGUUAUUCAAGGAGUUGGGAGAAGUUGAUCGUACCCUUCCAGGAGGCAGCCGUCAUGGUGCGGAAACCGGCUACAGAUAUCAUCAGCUUGUUGAACACUAGUAACUACAGCCACCCCCCUAUGCGGUAUGUCCUGUACGGCACCAAGGGCAGUGGCAAAACAAUGUCAUUAUGUCACAUCAUUCACUAUUGUCACAGUCAACGAUGGCUCAUUGUGCAUGUCCCAUGUGCGUUUUCUUGGAUUGCGACGGGUCGGUUUGAUUACAUAGAUUCAGUGCAUCAAGAAGGAAUGUACGACCAGCCAGCAUUCUCCACAGAGUGGCUCAAGCAGUUCAAAGCAAGGAAUGAACACUUCUUACCACAAUUGAAGACAAGUGAGAGCUACGUGUGGAGCAAACGAGAAACAACCGAGAAGAACGAGCCACUGCUUGCAGUUAUAGAGCAGGGACUUUCACGUCCAAAGAAUGCAACAGAUGCCAUAGGAGUGGUCUUAAAAGAGCUGCAACUCCAGAGCUUCAACGGCGGAUAUAAGAUGAUGGUUGCAGUUAAAGGUGUGAAUGCAUUCUUUUCCGAGAGGACCAUUGUGAGGAAGCCUGGUGGAUACAGGAUUCCAGUCAGGGAAAUGACGAUGGUACAACACUUCAAGAAAAUGCUGCUCGGAAACUGGAUAAAUGGAGCUAUAGUUACCAGCGUUGAUCAACAUUUGUGUCGCCCUCAGCCAUUCGACUAUAAACCCCUCAACUUGCUACACAAGGAGGGAUUUGAGACGAUGGAUCCAUUCCUGCCAGUAUUUGUUGAUAAUUAUAGCGACAAAGAGUUUGAGAGUUGCUUAGCAUUGUACAAAGAGAAGAGAUGGUUACAGAAUGAAGCAGGUAAGAACAUUAACCAGUCAGAUGUGUACACACUACAAUACCGAUCCGUUUUGUGGGGUCCUGCUAUUGUUGUUCUAUUAUUCCCUUUUUCUAAAGAACUCCCCUGUGUGGUCCAGAUUGAACAAGGAAUUCCCUUGUGUGUCAAAUGUUCCAAUUUGUAAAAAGACAAAUUGGUAAUCCCUCCUAAAAUUAAUGGUAAUAGAAACCUUUGGUUAGAAAGCUUACAGCAGCUUUCAAUAGUAUAAAGCAAUUUGAGAAACAUUUCACUUGGAUGUAAUGUGGUUAUGUAAAAAUGUAUAAGUUUUAUGGCCCCCAAAAUUUGAAUCUGAGAAGUGUCGCUACAUUUACUCGUCACAGACUGUGUUUUUCUUAUAGGGAUUAUUCUUCCUGCAUGGACAUAUACCCU